CCGAUGUGCUACAGAUUGCAGACUUGACUGCUUUUGUUAUUUUAUCAGAUCUAGCUAAACAACUAGGGAUCUUUGCACAGUUAAGCUAUUUCAAGGACGUGGAACGACACGGCAACAUUAACUUCUGCAAGUCGACCAAAAGGUUGGCGAACAGCUCCAAAAGUAGCUUCAGGUUUAAAACUCUGUUCUCAAUGAGCGACUCGGAGAAUCCUAACGCGGAAUCAAAACUGGAGUCUGUGAUACAGAGGUUGGAGGAGAGCGUGCUGUCGGAGGAGAAGCAUCUGACGGUGAGGAGUCCCACCUGUAGCGGCCCGCCGACCUGCCUGCCGGCGCGCAUCAGAGAGAUCGUCACCAAGAACCUGAGUGACAGCACCACAGGCACCAUGUCCUCUCUGCUGUCGCUCCAGGAGGAGAACAGGGUCCUUCAGGGAGAGCUGGCGAGGCUGGAGGACCUGCUGGCGCACAGCCGUGCGGACCGCGACGAGCUGGCCAUCAAGUACAGCGCCAUCAGUGAGAGGUUGGAGCAGGCUCUGCGCUUGGAGACGGGGGAGAUGGAGAACGAUUCUCCAGAAUCGCGCAGCCUUGCGCAGCAGAACGUGGAUCUGCGCAGACGCCUGGAUGAGGAGCAGGCGGCCUACAAGCGCAAGCUCACCGCCUACCAGGAGGGGCAGCAGAGACAGGCACAACUCGUCCAGAAGCUGCAGUCCAAGGUGUUACAGUACAAGAAGAAGUGUGGGGAUUUGGAGCAGUCUCUCAUGGACACGUCCUCUGAGCUGGAGCAGCACAAACUGAGUGGCAGGUGUGAUAUGUCUGGCAGUAGUCUCCAGCAUGAGGAGGAAUCCAGCAGCGACCUGGAGAAUGCGCUCAUCCGAUUGGAGGAGGAGCAGCAGCGGAGCAGCAGCCUGUCUGCGGUAAACGCAAUGCUGCGGGAACAGCUGGAGCAGGCGGGGCUAGCCAACCAGGCGCUCAGCCAGGACAUACGCAGGCUCACUGCCGAUUGGACGAAAGCCAGAGAGGAACUGGAGCAGAGGGAAUCUGAUUGGAGGAGAGAGGAAGAGUCUUUCAACAGUUAUUUCAGCAGUGAACACAGCCGGCUGCUGACUCUUUGGCGACAAGUGGUUGGUUUCAGAAGACAUGUCUGUGAACUUAAGAGUGCCACCGAGAGGGACCUGUCUGACAUGCGUAAUGAGAUGGCGCGGGUGUCCCACUCGGCGCAGUCCUCGUGCGCGGGCGCGGCUGUGGGUCUGCGCAGUCGGGAGGGGGGCGCGGCCCUGGCGCUGGAGCGGGAGUCUGCGCAGCGUGUGCAGCUGGAGCAGCAGCUGAGGGAGCGCGUCGGGGAGAUGAUGAAGCUCCAGGCCAAAUACGACACCGAGAGAGCCGAGCUCACCGCCAGGCUGACAGACGCGGUGCGGGAGUCAGAGAGGCUGAAGGCCCAGAGCGAGGAGAAGGAGAGGCUUACAGCAUCUCUCUCCCAGAAACUGGAGGAGCAGACUGGUGAUGGUGAGACAGAACUACAGUGUCUCAGAGCACACAGCGAGACCCUUCUACACACCCUGAGGGAAAUCGCCCAGGCCGUGCUGGCGGAGGGCGACUCCGGCCUUGCUGCCCUGACAGAGGGUGAGCAGGAGGGUGUGGGGGCGUCUCUGCUGCCCCUGCUCCAGACCUCCUCCGCCCGGUCCGGUUCUCCACGCCGCUCCUCCUCCCCACGCCGCUCCCUGGCCCUCCCUCUCCCGGACUCCAGCCUGUCCGCCCUGCGAGCGGUGGUCAGCAGCAGGCAGCUGCAGCUCCAGGAAAUGCGCGGGCGUCUGCUGUCUGCGCAGUCGUCCGUGCAGCAGCUGCGCAGGCAGCUGGGAGAGACGGAGGCCGGCAGACGGGAGGCAGAGCUGCGCAGUCAGGAGCUGCAGGGCGAGAAGGAGGAUGCGCAGAGAGAACGAGAGAUCGCCCUGAGGGAGAGAGACCGUCUGAGACAGGACAGGGACUCCCUGGCUGGAGAGAAGAUGGCCCUGGAGAAGGCGGCGCAGGCUGCGCAGUCCAGAGCGCAGAUGCUGCAGCUGGACUGUGAGAAGCUGCAGCUGGCGGUGGCCGGAGCGCAGAGGGAGAGAGACCACGAGAGGGAGGAGAGGGAGGGAGCCAUGCAGGAGAGGGACCGCGCCAAGGCUGAGACCGAGCGAGUUCAGAAGCACUGGGAUCAGAGCGAGAGCCGGGCCUCCUCUCAGCGCAGUCAGCUGUCUGCAGUGAGGGAGACUCACCAGCAGGAGGCAGUGGAGAGACAGGUGCUGGAGGGAGAGAAGGCACAGCUGGCUGAGGCUCUGGCCAGGGCCGAGGGCAGUAACAGUGAGCUCUCGCUCCUGCUGAACAGGCAGCGCUCGGAGGAGGCCGCCCUCAGGGACUCUCUGGCCAAGAUGAGCAGCCUGAACGAGAGCCUGGCCCAGGACAAGUCCGACCUGCACGGCAUCAUCAUCCAGCUGGAGGAGGAGAAAGCGUUGCUCCUGGCCCAGAAGAGGGAGGCAGAGCAGGAGAAGCAGACAGGGAGGGAGGAGCUGGUGCGGCUGGAGCAGGAGAGGCUGGAGCUCAGCUCCGCCCGCCUGGCUCUCCACCAAUCGCUUCAGGAGGCGGAGCUUGGGAGGGUGAGCAUGGAGGCGGAGCUCCAGAAUCUCAGUGCGGAAAGAGCCAAGCUGCAGGACAAGGUCACACAGCAAGCCCUGAGUCAGGCUCAACAUGAGGCCCAGCAGACCCUGCGCAAAGCCAUCGCUGACCACCAGGAGGAGACAGAGAGGCUGGCUGCUGAGAAGGAGGCGCUGCGCAGGAGCCUGGAGGGGGAGCGGGAGGAGGCGCUGCGGAGGCUCCGGCUGGAGGCGGAGGAGGCGCACCUGGCCAUGGAGAAGGAGCUGGAGGAGUGGAGGGAGGAGCUGAGCGCCCUGCAGCGCGACAGAGACCAGUGCCUCCUGCAGGCCGAGAGUGACAAGCAGCAGGCGCUGUCCCUGAAGGAGACUGAGAAGGCGGUGCUUGCGGAGAAGGUCUCCGCCCUGCAUGCGGAGCUCGGCGCCGCUGCCCUGGAGCUGGACCGCCUGCGCAGAGAGGCUGUGCACUGCAAGGAGCAGGAGAGGGCCACAGUGGGGGCCCUGAACACAGAGCUACAGGAGGUGAGCUCUCAGCUUCAGGACGCAGUGAGCUCACACCACAGGGAGCUGCAGCGGCUGCAGGAGAACUGCGCAGAUCUACAGACACACACAGACACUGCGCUCAAAGAGCUGGAGGAGUGCCGGAGCUCGCUGGCGGCCAGCGAGGAGACGCGGGACUCUCUGCGGCGGGACCUGAUGGAGGCGGAGCGUCGCCUGUGCCAGGCGCGGGAAGCGGGGGAGGGGCUGCGGCGGGAGGGCACGGAGCUCCGCAGGGCGCUGAACGACGUCACCAAGGAGAAGGAGACGCUCGGCCAAUCGAACACCCAGCUCAGGGAGGCGCUGAGGGCCGCGGAGGGCGAGAGGAUCAGCGUGAAGCGGCAGUGUGAGGAGAAGGAGCAGAAGGUGACGGUGCUGGGGGAGAGCCUGGCGUCUGCGCAGAGGGAGGUGACAGAGCUGCGCAGCUGUCUGCGGGAGGUGGAGAGAUCCCGGCUGGAGGCGCGCAGGGAGCUGCAGGAGCUGCGCAGACAGCUGAAGAUGCUGGACGGAGAGAAGGAGCUGAAGGGCAGGGAGGUGGCGGAGCUGCAGGCUCGGAUCUCCCUGGAGGAGCAGAGAGAGGAGGAGCGGGGCAGGGAGACGUUCACGCUCAAACAGAGGCUGACCGAGGCAGAGGCGGCGAGGAACAGCCUGAGGAAGGAGCUCUCCUCUCUGCAGCGGCGCGUGGCGGACUCGGAGGCGGGCUGGAGGAGCAGUGAGCGGGAGCUGAGCGCCCAGCUGCAGGAGGCGCGGGGGAACGAGCGGAAGCUGCAGGAGGAGGCGCGGAGCGCGGCUGUGCGCACGCAGGCCGCCCAGGACGCCGCCUCUCAGACGGGGCUGCAGCUGAGCGAGGCGCAGGGCAAGCUGGCCGCCACCGAGGCGGAGCUGAGCCGCGCGGAGGCCCAGCGCCGGGAGCUGGAGUUCCGCCUGGGCAGCCUGCAGUCGGCCCUCACCCGCACCCUGGGCAUCGGGGCCGGGGGCCGGGGCCGGGGCAGCAGCCCCGCGGGGACCUCCCCUGGGGCCCUCUCCCUCUCACGGCCCCGCAGCAUGUCCCCCAUGCGCCGCUCAAUCUCCCCCGCUAAAGUCUGGGAAGAUUUGGGGGCCAGUGGGAACUCGGACAAGAGUGCAGGUUCCCGGCCCGUGUCCCCAGAGAGGGGGGACGCCCCCCUGCCCCUCUCCCUGCCGGAGCUGGACCCCGAAACGCUGCGCUGCGGCCUGAGGGACUUCCUGCAGGAGCUGAGAGAUGCACAGAGAGACAGGGAUGAGGCGCGCUGCCAGUUGGGGGCGGUUCAGAGAGAGCUGGAGGAGGUGAGUGCGGAGAGGGACACCACCCAAAACCGGCUCUCCCAACUCCACACCACCCUCACUGACUGCCAGGAAGGGAAGCGGGGGGUGGACGGGCGGCUGAGCUCAGCCCAGGCCGCGCUGCAGCAGCAGGAGGAAGUGAUGCGUCGGGUGGAGAGGGAGAAACGGGCGCUGGCCGACAGGGUGAAGGAGCUGGAGAGAGUGGCACAGAGCGCGGAGACUGAGAGACGACACACUCAGGAGCAGCUGAGUAAGAUGAAGGCGGGGGAGGCGCGGCUGGAGGCCGAGCGGAGGAAGCUGCGGGAGGCGCUGGAGGCAGCCGAGGGCCGGGGCACCAGGCUGGAGCUGGCACGCCGCAGCCAGGAGGGGGAGCUCCAGAGGCUGAAGCUGAGCCUCGGGGACCGCGAGGCCGAGAGCCAGGUCACGCAGGAGCGCGUCGACAGCCUCCUCAAGCAGGUGUCCGAUGGGGAGCGGCGGAUAGCUGCCCUGCAGAGGGAGGUGGACAGGCUGACCCAGGCGCUUGCUAAGGCUCAGGAAAGCGAAGUGGCACUGAAGGAGAAGGCUCAAGGGCUGGCACAGAGCCUGCAAGAAACCACUGCUGCCCACAGCACCACCCAGGGGCGCCUCACGGCACUACAGAAGACAUUGGGUGGGGCGGAACAGGACCGGAGGAUGCUGCAGGAGCGUGUGGACGGGGCGAAAGCCUCGCUCUCGGAGGGCAAGCGCAGUAUCACGGCCCUGACUGAGCGCGUGCAGACCCUGCAGGCGGAGCUUGUCCAGAGUGAACUCCGUAAAGAGGAACUGGAGACCGAACUAACCCACUCUCAGGAGGCCCUGCGGCAGCGCACGGCCGGUGUGGCAGACGCCCAACGCAGCGCGCAGACGGCGCAGACGGAGCGCGCAGCCAGUGAGGAGCGUCUGCGCGCGCUGCAGAGGGCGGUGGCGCAGCUGGAGGGAGAGAAGAGAGACGCAGAGAGACAGGCCAUCCGCCUGGAGAAGGACAAGAACGCCCUGAGGAGCACGCUGGACAAGGUGGAACGUCAGAAGCUGAAGAUGGAGGAAGGCAGCAUGCGUCUCUCUGCGGAGAAGGGCCGUCUGGACCGCUCACUCAACACAGCGGAACAGGAACUACAGGACGCGCAGAGGCAGAUCACCUUGCUGCAGGCGCAGCUGGUGGAGAUGGAGCAGCUGCACAGCGCCAGCGAGGGCUCGGCCCGGCAGCGGGACGAGGCCCAGCGAGAGGCCGAGAGGCUGAGGGCGGCGCAGAGGGACGCAGAGCGCACGCUGGCAGCCAGAGAGAGGGCACACAAACACCGCGUGAAAGGCCUGGAGGAGCAGGUGUCCACUCUGAAAGAGCAGCUCCAACAGGAAAUGAAGCGUCGGCAGCUCCCGAUGCCCUCCUCCCUGUUGUCAGGCGGGAACUGAACAGCACUCCCUGGUGGUCAGGUGGGGAAGAGAAGUCAAGAACACUGGAGAGAUGCCAUGCCACCUGGAGCACCCCAGUCUGGGUUAAUGACGUGCCCAGCAUCCAAUCAGAGCGCAGUAUGAGCAGAUGAGGAAGCUCAAAUGAAGAAGUGUGCUGCAAUAACAGAACUGUUCAGCCAUAUCUGCUCUGCACUAUACAUGUGUUUGAGUGUGGAAUACUAAAGUAGUCAAAUGAUAAGUUAGCACCUUGCAUGUAGAGUUUUAUUCCUUUUAUUCGUUGUCACAGGAUUUAUUUUCUAUCCUGUGGAAUGAAGCACAUAGUAAGGGACCACUACUAAUAUGCCACAAUAUUUAAAUGUGUGUAUAUGUGCUGAUUUUAAUUAAGUUUGUGCUGUCACACUAACACUCGAUAAUCACUGAAAAAAGAAGAGUUAAAGGAUGAUGUUUUUGUAAAUCAUAGUCUGGUUUAAUAUUAGAAAGAUUAUUUUUGUAUGUGUCUUUGUAUGGGAGUGGACAUUGGGGGUCAGGGGUGUUCGGGUGGGGGUUGCAGCGUAGCACCCUGCAUUCUGUCCAUGUAACAUUGAGCCAGCGUCUGCGUCAGAAAGUGUGCACUCAAGCCAGUUUCCCCGUUACACUGGGCACAUGAAUAGUGUGACUGAGCCAACUGCACCUCUUUUGAAAAGCUGGAUCUGGGCUGGUUCACAGAUUUCAGGGUCCAGGUGGUUUGUGGUUUCCUUAGCUGUCAGCUCAUCUCACUAGAGUUACGAAUGCUGCUCUAUAUACCGGGCGCAGGAGACUAUAUCGUUUCCAAUGGCAACAGCUAAAAAGCGGAGGUAAAUAAGGACUGAAAAGGAGACUGAAUGACAGCAGUUGUACAGAACUUGAGUGGAUGGGCCGUUAUUUACAUUUCAUUCCAGUCUUUGUUUAGGGGCCUUUCUCCUGGCUGCACUUUGAAGGUGCCUUGGCAGAGUAUAUGUUUAUUGUUCUACAGAGAGAAGCACGUCAUUGUUGCUGAUCACAGCAAACAAUCAGGGGGAGAAAGACGCAAUUUUUGGAUUCUAGUUAUGCCUUCCAGGAAAACUUCAGUCUCAGAUUGCAGAUGAUGUCCAGGCAGUCUGGAUCGCCUGCACCUGGGCGAAAGCCAGCCUUGAAUGCGCUCUCUGUGCUGCAGAUCUGCUUUCGGGAAACCGUUACCGUCAUCAUUGGCAAGUGCCAGCCCGGUUCCAGCUGUGCUGCAGGAUAGGGGUGGAUGGGGUAGCUGUGCCCAGUGUCGGAAACUGAAAUUCAGGCUGCAGUGCACCAGAAGGGCUGGUUGUGUUGUGGAAGAUCUCAAACUGGGCUGUUUUAAGAUUCCUCUCCUCUGGACUGUCAUAUUCAUUUCAAGCCCCCCACCACCAC